CACAUGAGAGACAAGGCUAGUUUGACAAACUCUGGGCAUGCAGAUUCUAGGGUCCGGAUAAAGUACUGACUCCGUGGGGGGGCUCUUUCUGGUAUUGCCCGUCUUAACGGGAUGGAAAUUCGGUGUGGACUUUUCUUGUCUUUCUCUCCUCGUCCCUUGUUUUUUCGUUCUCUCUCAUCUCAUACCUUUCUCUUCUUAUUAUCUUCUCCUCUUCUUUAUCAUAUCCUCGUAGUGCUUACUCUUCUCUUUCCAUCGUCCUUUCAUUGCCUUUUAGUUACCUGUACGAUUUCUCUGGUGUCAUUCCAACCAGCAUGGCGGACUCCGCCAUUCCACCUCACUGUCAUCCAGAUAUGGAUAUUCUUUUGGAGGCAAGUCUUGUCAAUCUUCCAGUAUAUAGCCUUACCCGUAGUCUGCCUCUCGAUAAGCCCUGCCGAAGCCCCACCUUAGCUUUACAGGAUAAACCGCUCCAGUGAGCCACUCAAUCUAGUCACUACUGUACAGUACUUCGGAGAAGGUAGAUGGCAAAUCCUAUCUACUUAGAGGAUAGGUUCACUAGAACAUCUAGCAGUAUGAAAAUAACUGUAUUCUGCCAGCUGUCAAAGGGCCUUUCUUUGCUUUUUAUG